UCUGGAAGAAUUUAACGGGGAAAAGCAAAAAAAAAAAAAAAAAAAAAAAACAAAAACAGAAAAACACAAUGAGAUACCUUCCAAUCUGUCUUACCAAACAAAAGAACACUCUCUUCGUAACAAUCUUGUUACUAAGCUGCAUAACUAUAAAACUCGACCUCUGUUUCUCCAGUGUCCCGUCUUCGCUGAAGGCGCUUCAGCUCCACGGCCAUUUCAGCUUCGAGAACAACGAAUUUGCCGCCAGAGAUUUCGGCAACCGAUAUCGUCUCCUCCCUUUGGCAGUUUUACACCCCAAGUCCGUCGCUGAUAUUUCCACAACCAUAAAGCACGUUUGGCAAACGGGGCCAGGUUCAGAACUAACAGUUGCAGCUAGGGGCCAUGGCCACUCGCUCCAAGGUCAGGCGCAAGCACACCAAGGAAUCAUAAUCAACAUGGAGUCGCUCCGUGGAGGUGACAACAUGCGUGUUCACGAAGGACGCUUCCCCUACGUGGAUGUCCCGGCUGGGGAAUUGUGGAUAAACGUGUUGCAUGAGACCCUGAAAUAUGGAUUAGCUCCGAAAUCUUGGACGGAUUACCUACAUCUUACAGUUGGCGGGACUUUGUCCAAUGCAGGGAUCAGCGGGCAGGCAUUUCGACAUGGCCCCCAAAUCAGUAACGUCCAUCAGCUCGAGGUCGUUACAGGGAAAGGAGAAGUUGUAACGUGUUCAGAAGAACAGAAUGCUGACCUCUUCCAUGGAGUGCUGGGAGGACUCGGGCAGUUUGGGAUAAUAACUAGAGCAAGAAUCUCUCUGGAGCCAGCGCCAAAGAUGGUGAAAUGGAUAAGAGUACUCUACUCAGAUUUCUUCACAUUUUCCAGAGAUCAGGAGCGCCUAAUAUCUGCAGAAAACACAUUUGAUUACAUAGAAGGGUUGGUGAUUAAAAACAGGUCAGGACUGCUGAAUAACUGGAGAGCAUCCUUCGACCCGAAAGACCCAGUUCAAGCAAAACAAUUUGUAUCAGACGGAAGAACACUAUUUUGUCUCGAAUUGACAAAAAAUUUCGAUCCCAAUAAUGCAGAGUCAGUAAGCAAGGAAAUCGAGAGCUUAUUAUCCCAAUUGAGCUACGUACCAUCAACUCUGUUUAUGUCAGAAGUUUCUUAUGUCGAAUUCUUGGACCGAGUUCAUGCAUCAGAGAAAAAACUGAGAGAAAACGGAUUGUGGGAUCUCCCUCACCCGUGGCUCAACCUUCUAGUUCCUAGAAGCAAGAUACAAUCUUUUGCUUCAGAAGUCUUUGGCAAUAUUCUACGAGAUACGAGCAAUGGCCCUGUUCUCGUCUAUCCAGUAAACAAGUCAAAGUGGGAUAACAGGACUUCAUUUGUUCCUCCAGAAGAAGAUAUCUUUUACCUGGUGGCCUUCCUAUCACAAGCAAAUCCCACAUCCACAGGAACCGACAGCUUAGCUCAUAUAUUAACUCAAAACCAAAGGAUUCUUGAUUUCUGCGAGGAUGCGCAUCUUGGGGUAAAGCAAUAUCUCCCUCAUUACAAGACACAGGAGCAGUGGCGGGCCCACUUUGGUCCACGCUGGGAAGUCUUUGUGCAGAGAAAAUCAACUUACGAUCCAUUAGCUAUACUUGCUCCUGGUCAAGGAAUUUUUCGAAAAGCAAUAUCAGUUUUAUGACACAUGCUGCCUUUAAGUAAUUACCGAACACAAAUGACCUUGCAGUUCCUUAGCUCAUCAGAAGAAAAUUAUUAGAUGUCAUUUUGCAGAAGAUACUGGAAAAUAGUAUCCCCAAAAAGAAAAUAUAUACCAAAUAUCCAAGUGAAAAGUAAAUUACAUAUUUUAAGUUCUUGACU